UCCCGCCCCCUCGCCCCGCCCUCCGCUGCCGACGUGGGCUGCAGGCCGCAGGCUGUUGGAGCGGACCGGCGAGCGGACGGAGCGGGCGGCGGGCAUGGGCGGCCUGCGGCUGCUGGCGGUAGCCCUCACGUGCAGCUGCUGGUGGCCGCAGGGCGGCCAGGCCAAGACUCUGCGGGGCAGUUUCAGCAGCGCCGCGGCCCGCGACGCCCAGGGCCAGAGCAUCGGCCAUUUCGAGUUCCACGGUGACCAUGCUCUUCUGUGUGUCAGAAUCAACAACAUAGCAGUGGCUGUUGGGAAGGAAGCUAAACUCUACCUGUUCCAAGCCCAGGAGUGGCUGAAGCUGCAGGGGAGCAGCCCCGGCUACAGCUGCAGUGAGCGCUUAGCCAGAGCUCAGCUGACAGUGACAGUGAACCAGACCGAGCACAAUGUCACAGUGUCCCAGCUGCCCGCUCCCCAGACGUGGCGUGUGUUCUAUGCAGACAAGUACACCUGCAGGGAUGACACGGAGAGCCCCCAGCUGGAAGACAUCCCCUUUGAAAUGGUGCUCCUCAACCCGGAUGCCGAAGGAAACCCGCUGGAUCAUUUUAGCGCCAGAGAGUCUGGGCUCCACGAGUUCUUUUUCCUCCUCGUCCUUGUGUACUUUGUGACUGCGUGCAUCUAUGCACAGUCACUGUGGCAGGCUAUGAAGAAGGGAGGGCCCAUGCACACCAUCUUAAAGGUCCUUACCACUGCACUGCUGCUGCAAGCUGCCUCAGCCUUAGCAAACUACAUCCACUUCUCCAGGUACUCCAGAGAUGGAAUCGGGGUACCUCUCAUGGGCAGUCUGGCAGAAGUUUUUGACAUUGCCUCCCAAAUUCAGAUGCUGUACCUGCUUCUGAGCCUGUGCAUGGGCUGGACCAUAGUCCGAAUGAAGAAGCCGCAAAGCAGGCCACUCCAGUGGGACUCCACCCCUGCGUCCACCGGCAUUGCAGUGUUCAUUGUCAUCACACAGAGCAUUUUGCUACUUUGGGAGCAGUUUGAAGACACUGGUCACCACAGCUCACAUUCGCACCACAGCUUAGCCGGGGUCUUGCUGAUCAUCUUACGAAUUUGCCUAGCGCUGUCGCUGGGCUGUGGGCUCUAUCAGAUCAUCGUGAUGGAGAGGAGCACACUCAAGAGAGAGUUCUACAUCACGUUUGCCAAAGGCUGCAUCCUGUGGUUCUUAUGCCAGCCAGCACUCGCAUGCAUUGCUGUCGCUUUUAAUGACUACCAAAGAGAUAAGGUUGUUACCGUGGGUGUCAUCCUUUGCCAGGCCCUGUCCAUGGUCAUUCUGUACAGACUUUUCCUGUCCCACAGUCUUUACUGGGAGGUCUCGUCUCUCUCCUCAGUAACACUGCCACUGGCCAUCUCUUCUGCACACAAAGGGCGCCCUCACUUCUGAUGCUUGAGUUUUGUGAGAAAACAAACGAAUGGAGAAGUGCAGUACACUCCAGCGCAACGUCGUCCUGUCGUGCCCUGCAGUGAAGGCUCAGCAGUGGCAGCAGAGUGUCUUAUUUAUAGAACCGAAUGUCAGCUGUGUCAGCGCAAACGAAGGCAUGCUCUGGAGUGGACUCAAACCCUGAACUUCUAGAAAGAACGUCACUUCAAGGCGACUGAAGCAGUUUCCAUGUGGAAAUAAAUGUGAAAAAGACUGCUUAAAUUACAUGUGGAUCAGGUGGUCACACUUGCGAUGCCUCAUCCGUAGCAAACUCAGGCCUGAUAGUCUCACAGUAUUCACCUAGACAAUACGUACCUGUGCGUGUCCGGCUAGCCCAGUUAUGAAGUCAGUGCGAUGUGCUGAUUUUGAAACUACUUCUUUUUAUCCUUUGAAGAACAUACAUUUCAAAUUACAAUUUAAAGGACUUGAAAGUGAAAUUACUUCAGGAAAUAAAUAGAAAAUAUGUUAACAGUUAAAUGAA